AUGCUGGGCGGAGCAGUGCCAGACGGGCCGGUGGAGAAUUCAGUUUAGAAAACGUCCUCCGCCUUGUCUCACCGAGCGUUUUCCGAUAGUCCAAGAGUUGAGGCGACUGGCGUGCACGUUAAGGUUUCCUCAAAGAAAGCACAAGCACUACAACAACUGAUUCCAUGGCUUCCUGAGGAAUAAGUGACACUCUGGCUCCCUCUGCUGGCAAGGAGAAGAGCACCAUAACCCGGAUUGAGGGGCUUCUUCACCACCUCGACUCUUCUUCUAGUUUGGGCACUUCUGAUGACCGAAGGACAGAGGCCUCAAGUGCAAACACAAAAUCCUGAUUAGCAAACUGGCUGUUAGGAACACUAUGGACAACACGGCUCUCCCUCAUUAGACACUGAAAACACUGAAGCCACCAGCAUGUCUAGCUCAAGGGUGUACAGAUUUUUUCGUGAAUAUCAGAACAAUUCUGUUAUUACCUUGCAUUAUAACUUCACUGGAAAACUUGGGGACAACAAAUAUUCAGGAGGACUAAAAGUUGAAGCAAUAUGCCUCUUAGUGAUUUGUGUCUUCAUAGUCUUUGAGAAUUUUGUAGUUCUUCUUGCCAUAUGGAAGAACAAAAAAUUUCAUUUACCCAUGUACUACUUACUUGGCAACCUGACCUUGUCUGACCUGCUUGCCGGGAUAGCUUACAUGAUCAAUAUCCUUAUGUCGGGCUCCAACACGCUGAAGCUUACGCCAGUGCUUUGGUUCAUCAGGGAGGGAGGUGUUUUUGUCACGCUGGCAGCCUCUGUUAUUAGUCUACUGGCCAUUGCCAUUGAGAGGCACAUCACCAUGAUCAAGCUGAAAUUCUACCAGAGGGAUAAAAAGUGGCGCAUGUUUGCACUGAUUGCUGCCAGCUGGGCAUUGUCGGUUUUCCUGGGUAUCCUUCCAAUACUGGGGUGGAACUGCAUUGAUGACUUGGAAGGGUGCUCCACUGUACUCCCGCUGUAUGCCAAGAGCUACAUUCUCUUCUGUGUGACCGUUCUUAACCUCAUUCUGAUUUCCAUCAUUUUCCUGUAUGUGGGGAUUUACAGAAUUGUCAAAGUUAAUUCUCAGCGGUUGGGCAACCUCAGGAAAGGAAUGAGCAAAAAAUCUCAGAAGUACAUGGCUCUCCUCAAGACAUUCACGAUUGUGGUCGGAACUUUCAUCAUCUGCUGGCUACCUCUCUUCAUUCUGUUUAUCUUAGAUUUCAGCUGCAAAGUUCAAAAAUGUCCCAUCCUCUACAAAGCAGAUUACUUCCUGGGCAUUGCAAUGCUGAACUCACUCUUGAACCCCAUAAUAUACACCCUAACCAGUAAAGACAUGAGAAAAGCCAUCCUGAAAUUGCUCUGUAGACGCUGCCUUAUGACAGAAGAUGGGCAGGUGAACAGGUUUGGAAUUCCAUUUUUGGACUGCAACACUAGCAAAACAGACAAGUCCUCUUACCGGGUGGAAGGCAUUGAUAGCACGGUGUCUUCAGGAAAUGUCACACCUUCACCGAUCAAAGCUUUCCUGCCUAACAUGAGCAGACUGGCAAAGGAGACCUUGCCCAUUCCAUAGGUGGAGGGACAUCAGUAAUCAGAGGUGCAGACGCAAGCAAAAGUUUUUCAACGAGACUAGCAGCUCAUAUUCUUUUUUGUGCCUGUUGUGGCCACUCUCCUCGCUCCUCUGUGAGGUGCAUCUAACUGCCACUAGCAUCAAAGCCUUGGAGAUUUCCUGUCGACUGCUAAAGGAACUCAUAAACGUAUGAUUUUGUGGAGAUGGCAAAACACAGCACAGCAGCAUUGGUUUAGCUGCUUUUGCAGCAAGUUGACAGCUCUAUGAAUAAAGUAAAAACUUUGGGACUGGAGCUGCUGGCCUGAAGGUUACACCGGUGUUCCUAAAAAGGUUGGAAUAAGACGUCUUCUUAGCAGACACAACAGCAUUAAGUGUUUGGGUUUUCAAGGCCAAGUGGACAAUGUUUCAGAAAAUAAGUAAUCUUAUGCUUUAAGGCACUUCAUAAUGUCCUUUAUGUUAACACAUGACAAUUUCUGGGCACUUAUGCAACUGUCAAGUUGAUUUUUCCCCAAGAAAGGUCCUGAAAUGUGCAAUAAGGAGCCACACAGAGGUGGAAUGAAGACCCACAAUGUACACUGAACUCAAGGAGAGCUGGCAGGGUUCUCAGAUAGGUAGGGCUUUAUUACCUACAGUAUACGUGUAUGGAGUUUAAAAUCAAGGCCUUCUUGCUCUAAUGUGGAAGACCACACAGGGUCCCCACUUGACAUUUACCAACAAAACGGGCGCAUGCCAGUGUACUCCACUGUGGGUUGUUGAGGUUUAUGCACCAGCAAUUUCUGUUAAAAUGAGCAGAGUCUUUCAAGACAGGAGGGUGGGUUUCCUUAAAUAGGAUUGAUCAUUAAGGUUAUUGGAAGCCAUGAUCCAAAACUGACCACCUUUUCAAUCCUGAAUAACCUUUCCUAUAUAUAUAUAUCCUGUGAUAUAUAUAUAUAUAUAUGUGUGUGUGUGUGUGAAGGUGAGUCAAAUGAAAACCUUCAAACUGCAAUAGAAAUGCUUAACAUUGCACCACUGCCACGUAAGUUGGCACCAUCAUUAGCAACUCCAUUAGGAGAGUCCAGCAGGUGGAAGCACGGUGCAAACAAGCAACGUGAAGUCAUAUAAAGAUGGGAGCCCCACUGGAAACAUGCGCUAAAGUGGAGCAGUGUUUCAUUGUCUGCUUUCUGAGCAGCGAAGGGACAAAACCUGUCCAACUUCCUCAGCAUUGAGGACUUCAGAGUGGAGGGGUCCUGUUGCCACAAGACAACAGAUGAACCAUCGAGCUCUGACAUACUGGGUGUCGUCCAUGUUGGCUACAUUUACCAGACUUCACUCCCCCAGAAAUGUCCACUUCUUGGGACUGCUCAAAGAGGCACUGGGCAGAAAGACAUUCACGUCCAAUGAAGAGAGAGGUGCAGCAUGUGGUAGAGGAGUGGCUGCAUGUGUGACCACAAGACCUUUCUUUCCAGAAGAAUCCAUGCACUUUGUUGAGUGCUGGAGGACUUGUAUUGAAUGCCAUGGAGGUCACGUAGAAAGGUGAUGCGGCUGUUUGCUGCAACACAACAUGAUGAAACAAAAUAAGGUUUCCAUUUGACUCUCCCUCAUAUAUAUUAUAAUUUUCAAAACAUUUCUGCACUUUAUCUCUCAAAGUUUUUUUUUUUUUUUAUAUACACGUUUGAGACAUUUCAUAUUAAGAUGUUCUUAAUGAAGCCUCCCUGCCUCGCAGUACAUGGUCUAAAAGCCACUGAAUGCGUUCAGAAAAAGACAGCUUUUUGGUUAAGUGUGACACCACGUACACUCACUGCUUCUUUCACUCUUGUUACUACUUGCAAAAAUCGAUAACUUCUCUAGUUGUGAUUUCCUUUAACGCUUCCAUACUGUCAGUGCAAAACAUGGCUAGAGCCGCUGCUUCUCUUUCUUCAUAAUGUGAUUAUCAGUGGUUUAUAUGAGUGCAUCUGUUACACAUCCCUGACCAUUGUUUACUAUCACUAUCCACUCCUAAAUAUUUCAGAGAGGUAAAGUGUUGUCCACUUGCCGAGUAUGUGAUCUGACGUAAUUUCAGCUCUUUUAACACCUGCUUUCCACAAAGAUCAACAAUGCUUGCGGGUUAUUCAUUGGUGCAAAUUGAUAGAUACGCAGUCACAUACUGUAUACAUGACCUGGCAGGAACUCGCACGUUGGCAACAAGGUCAGCUGAGCCUAGCUGGCUUCUUCUUCCUCUCAGAGCUUUGUGUUAACAGCUGCCCUGAGAAGUCAAGCAAAAUGACACCUUUUAAUGGCGAACUAAAAAGAUUACAAUAUGAAAGAUGUAAUUUACAUUUU